AUCUUGAAGAACAAGACAUGCCCUGUUCAUCUUUGUAGACCAGUAAGCACAUGAUAAAUGUGUGAAGAAUGACUUAAAGAAUUGGUGCAGAAAAGUUACAGGUCUUUCCGGGGAAGGCUGCAGCGGCGGCAACACUAACCACCACCUCCUGCCGGAGCCGCAACCCCCGACUCAGCCUCCCACCCGCCCUGCCGCUGCCACCGCUGCCGCAGUCAUGGCUGCUGAUGGGGUGGACGAACGCUCGCCUCUGCUGUCCGCAUCCCAUUCAGGAAAUGUCACUCCCACGGCCCCACCAUACUUACAAGAAAGCAGCCCCAGAGCGGAACUCCCACCUCCGUAUACAGCCAUUGCCAGUCCAGAUGCCAGUGGUAUUCCAGUAAUAAACUGCCGGGUGUGCCAGUCUCUCAUCAAUUUGGAUGGCAAGCUUCACCAGCAUGUGGUUAAGUGCACGGUUUGCAAUGAAGCUACACCAAUCAAAAACCCUCCAACAGGGAAGAAAUAUGUUAGAUGCCCUUGUAAUUGUCUCCUCAUUUGUAAGGACACAUCUCGGCGAAUAGGAUGUCCGAGACCCAACUGUAGACGCAUAAUUAACCUUGGCCCCGUAAUGCUUAUUUCUGAAGAACAACCAGCUCAACCUGCAUUGCCAGUGCAGCCAGAAGGUACAAGGGUCGUGUGUGGGCACUGCGGAAAUACAUUCUUGUGGAUGGAACUAAGGUUCAACACUCUGGCAAAAUGCCCACACUGCAAAAAAAUUUCCUCAGUGGGUAGCGCACUUCCGCGAAGACGCUGUUGUGCAUAUAUUACCAUUGGAAUGAUAUGUAUUUUCAUUGGAGUUGGAUUAACUGUUGGCACCCAAGAUUUUGCAAGGCGAUUUCAUGCAACCUAUGUUUCUUGGGCAAUUGCUUAUCUCUUAGGUUUGAUCUGCCUUAUCCGAGCUUGUUAUUGGGGAGCCAUAAGAGUGAGCUAUCCAGAACAAAGUUUUGCAUAAGCUUGUUUAUGAUUUGGUGAUGCAGGUGAGAGUAUCUAGCAGUUCUUGAUAAGCUACUCUGGACAUCUUUAAAUCAUUUACCUAAUGGAUUUCAUUCUGGUUCAUGUAUGCAGUUUCAAGACUUUGGGAGUCUUUUAUGAACAAAUGUUCAUUGCACUACAUUAUAUGCAAAUAGUUUGUUUUGCUGCUGAGUUUUCAAGCUCCAUAUAAUAAAGCUUAAUCCUCAUGUUUUUUCACAUAUCUUUUUUUUGGGGGAUUUUCUCCUAAAUAUUACAUGUAAUAUCACCCUUUCAUUAUUUUUUAAUCAGUUAUUCCAUUAUUUGCAGAUCUGUGAGUAUUCCUAAGAAGUGUUUAUAAAUGUUGUUAUAAUAGCCUCACAUUUAUAUUUACAUUUUAAUUAAACAGUAUCACGAUUGCUUGCUCUAAAAUCUAAGCAAUAUACAUUUUGCUUGAACUGCUUACUGCAACUUUAACCUAAGAUCAUAGUGACCUUAUUCAGGAAAAAAAAAAUUUGAGUGUACCUUCAAAGACUUGACCUUCUUGUCAGAUAAAGACCAUUUCUAGAUACUGUAUGCUUGUUUUAUGUUGUUUGUAGAAAGAUAUAAUAUUUUGGUAGUAAUUUAAAAUAUAAGAAUAAAAAUAUUUAUUUGUCCACAGUUGGAUAUAUGUUGGAUAAAUGUUUUUUCUCAAAGAUCACAGAACUUUUGUCUUUCAUUUUUGCCUGUUUUGUAAUUUACUAAUUAUAAAAGUUCUGGCUACAUUUAUGGAAUUUAAUGUUAAUCAGCUAUAUGUAUUCCUUUAUGGAUCCAGAAGGAAGUAUUUUACGUAACAUGUUUCAUAAUAUUUAACCAUUUACAAAGAUGUACCUGCACUGAGUUUUUCUCCUUUUCAUUAGAUUGUGGUAAAUUUUUCUUAUUGGGAUAAUUAUGGAGUACUUAUAUGUGAAGGGAGCCUGUGACAUUUUACUCUGGCUAAAAUAUUGAGAUUAAAUGCAGUUACUUUUACCAUUCUUCUCAAAUAUAGCUGUCAAAUAAUUACCAAAUUAAUUCAAGAAUAUAGAACAAAGGUAACAAGCAGCAUAGUUUCCUAAGAAUUCACUAGAAUUUAAGGAAUCGGCUCUUGCACUGCCCAUCUUUGCAGUUUUGAAAAAUAAAUAGCUUAGCUGAGAAGUAAUAUUCUAAAGCUGCUGAAGUGUGAAUCAGAUAAUGAGAUGAAGAGUAAGUUAAUUGGCUAUUCCAGGGUUAAGAAUAAUAUUUUAAAUUAUUUAUGUUCCUGAUUAGUAUAAAAAUGUACUCAUCAUAAAAUUUGGGGCAAGAUACACAUAAACUUCAAAGAGUAAAUGAUAAAUGUAUAGAUUCAGUAGCUCAGGAUUAUAUGUACCUUUGAAAAUCCAUUAAUAAAGAUUAUUGUUCAAAAA